UCCAAGGCUGUGGAAAUCCCAAAGUCAGCACAAAAGGCUCCAGCAGCGAGGACAAGAAAAGGCGGGGGAAGGUCGCAUUGGAAGCUAAAUCCUCUGCACAAGCACUGGAGAUGCUGGUUUUAGAUGCCAAAGGGAAUCUGACAGCUCUCAAGACUUACUGGAUCACCCUGCCCGGCAGCCUGUGCAGCAAAAAAGUAAUGGCCAGCUCAGCAGCAGACGACAAGUGUUGGAACGGGAUGACCAAGGGCAGUUACCUGCCUGAAGUGAUGGGGGACGGCUUAGCUAAUCAGAUUAACAACCCGGAGGUGGAGGUGGACAUCACCAAGCCAGAUAUGACCAUUCGCCAGCAAAUCAUGCAGCUAAAGAUCAUGACAAACCGGCUGGGCAAUGCUAACAUCGGGAACGAUGUGGAUUUCCAAGAUGCAAGUGAUGACAUGAGCGGCUCCGGGAGUGGUGACAGCUGUCCUGAUGACGUCUGUGGCAAAAGACUUUCUAAGAGCCCCAGCACCAGGCAGCCAGAAACGCACGCUAUUCCUAAGCAGUCUGGACACGGCAUCAAUGGGGCCAGCAGCAGAUCUUUGCCUUCUGCCUUCCUCCUCCUCCUUUCGGUGGCUUUCAUUGCCGCGCAGCACUUGUGGCGGUAACUCACUAGCACAGACAGGAAAGAGACUGCGGCCGAGGGCUUCACUUUGCCAAAACCAACCAACCAACCAACCAACCAACAGAUAAAAGGACAUAUUUAAUUCACCUUGGCAAAAAAAAAAAAAAAAAAAGAGGGAGG